GCUCUUCUGCACCUUCACAGCCACAACACCAUGGGGCAGUUUCAGUUGAUAUUUCUACAGUCAUCACCCCUGCUGAAAUCUUGCUACCCUUGCAGUUCCAUGCCUUUGGCUUCUUUUUCUUCUUCUCAAAUUAACCCGUAUACUUCUUCUUGCCUUCGAAAAUCUCCAUCAGUUUCUUCUUUAUCUGCUCCCUCUAGACCCAAAUUGCCCUUUCAGCAUCUUUCACUUCUUCACUCUCCCCGUACUGUCGGCUCACUCUUAAUAUGCAAGAGUAACGGCUCAGAUAUGCUAUCGCAGCUGGGAAUUCAGAACCCGGAUGGAAGAAGGAAACAGGAUAAGCGCGUCAAUGGAAUAUUUUGGAUAAUACUUAUUAAUCUUGGACUAUAUGUGGCUGAUCAUGUAUUUCAGAUCCGCGGUAUACAAUCUCUGUACUUCUACCACAAUAGGCCCACAUGGUACCAAUUUGUGACUUCAACCUUUUGUCAUGCUAACUGGAACCAUCUUUCCAGCAACCUUUUUUUCUUGUACAUCUUUGGGAAGCUUGUUGAAGAGGAGGAAGGGAACUUUGCAUUGUGGCUUUCUUACAUUUUUACGGGUGCUGGAGCAAAUCUUGUUUCAUGGCUAGUUUUACCAAGAAAUGCAGUUUCUGUUGGAGCCUCUGGUGCUGUUUUUGGAUUAUUUGCAAUAAGCGUCCUUGUAAAGAUGUCUUGGGACUGGAGGAAGAUUCUUGAAGUGCUAAUAUUGGGCCAAUUUGUUAUAGAGAAGGUAAUGCAGGCAGCCCAAGCUUCAGCUGGAUUGUCGGGUGGUUACGGUGGCUAUACAUUGCAGAGUAUUAAUCAUAUUGCACAUCUCUCUGGUGCUCUUAUUGGUGUGUUUCUUAUAUGGCUUCUCAGCAGAGUUCCCUCUGAGCCUCGAGAUCAAAAGGCAUUGAAGUCACAUGGAAAAAGGGACAAACUUCAAUAAUUAAUAUAAGCCUUAUAUAUAUACACACAAUGUUUUUAUACAGGGGUAUUGAGUUGCAGAUUUUCCUGGCAUGGAUUAUUCGUUAGUCAUCUCAAAGCAAAAUGUACUCAUAGUUACAAGUUAUUUAUGAUAAAAAUAUAUAGCUAAACGUUAAACAUGA